UUGGUGCCCCAACAACAUGGUGUUGACAGGGAAGCAGCGCGAGGACCUGCACCAAGCUAUCUUGGAAUACCUUUCGGGCUUGGGGUCAACUUUCGCGCAGUCUGCGUCGGCAUUCCAGCAAGACGCGGGUCUCAUGAUGACAGGAGAGAGCGACACGACAAAAACGGGACUGUUGGAGAAGAAGUGGACCUCGGUUGUGCGGCUACAGCGCAAGGUGAUGGAGCUCGAAAGCAAGAUUCAGCAACUCGAAGAAGACGCAAAGCUUGGUGGCGUGGUUAGUCGACGCGACGUGAUUGGCAUUGGACAUGACGCGUCAUCGUUUCUUCCCCGCGCGCCACCCAAGCACUCGAUGUCGGGCCAUCGUAGUCCUAUCACAUGCGUCGUGUUCCACCCCGUCUUUAGCGUCGUCGUCACGUCCAGCGAGGACGCCACGAUCAAGGUCUGGGAUUUUGAAACCGGUGAAUUCGAGCGUACGUUAAAAGGCCACACGAACGCCGUUCAAAGCGUCGCGUUCAACCUGACUGGAACCCUCCUUGCGUCGUCGUCGGCGGAUCUCAUGAUCAAGCUGUGGGAUUUUUCCUCAGACGGAAACUACGAAUGCAAGAAGACGCUGCGAGGGCACGACCACAACGUGUGUGGAUUGGUAUUUUUCCCUUCUGGAGACUUCAUUGUGUCGUGUUCGAGGGACACAACCAUCAAGAUCUGGGAAGUCGAAUCGGGAUAUUGCACGCAGACGCUGAAGGGCCAUUCCGACUGGGUGCGGGACAUCUGCAUCUCUGACGAUGGACAGUACUUGGCAAGCGGCGGAAACGAUCGAUCGAUUACGUUGUGGGAUGUGGCGCAGGGCAAAGCUGUCCAGUGCAUGCGGGAGCACGAACAUGUCGUGGAAACGCUGCAGUUUGCAACGAGGGGCAUGCAAGAAAGCGCCAUCGAGGCGAUCCACGGAAAGAAAGUCGCCGAGACGACGGGGCAGACCGUGACGCGGUAUUUAUUGUCUGGGUCGCGAGAUCGUACGGUGCGGCUGUGGGAAGCGUUUUCCGGGUUACUCCUCAUGAACUUUGUACAUGUCAUGUCCACUGCCGCCACAUGCUCAUAGUGCGCAUUUAGGUGAGCCACGACAAUUGGGUGCGCGCCGUGCGAUUUCACAGCAGCGGCAAGUACGCGAUCAGCGCGUCGGAAGACAAGACGAUCCGAGUGUUUGACGUUGAGACGGGUCGGUGCGUGCGGACCCUCAAGGACGCGCACAAUCAUUUUUUGACGACACUCGACGUGCACCCGACGCUGCCGCUGAUCGUGACGGGGAGCAUUGAUAAGUACGUGAAUGUGUGGGAAUGCGUUUGAUGCGCGCCGCGUUCACAUCCAGAUCAGUCGAGGGGUGUCGUCAACAGGGUAAUAGAAGUGGAAUUUUUCCAAAUUUGAUGUAUAUUUUGAGACAAUAUAUAUAUUCU